GGGCUUGCUAUUUAAUAUUCUACUAGCUUUAAUUUCUAAUGAAUUUGUUCAUAAUUCAUAGAUUUUUCUCAUUAGGAACAGUGUUAGAAUUUUUUUCUCAAUGGAGAGAAAAUCGUUACCAGUUAAAAUUAAUGAAAAUGACAUCAAAGCUGCUCUUGAUGUGAAGAUUCGGCCACAUGUUCGUAUAGUAGGUGCUUUAAAUACGCAUCCUAAGGUGAUCGCCAACGAUUUGGAGGCGAUCAAAAAGUGCGAUUCGAUUCAAGCUGUUACAGCUGCGAUGGAAGAGAUUAAGAAUAGAUGGGCGAACCUUGGUAUUUUUCGUACAGUUAAUUAUAACUUUGAACCAACACAGAAUGGAGAAGAAAAUGAUGUAUGCGUGCGAAUAGAUGUAGAAGAAAGCAAGCCCAAAAAAAGCAUUGGCGUUUUUACAACUGAUUCAUCCUUACCAGAGGUGACCAUAGCUUUUGAAAACGUUCUCGGCGGACGUUAUUCCAUAAAAGGAAAUUACAUUCCCCCAGCAUCUCGUGUACAUUCGCUUUCAUUUUCUUUAUUAUCCAACGUUCCUUUUAUCGGGCAAAAUGCGGAGUAUUACAUCGGUAGGCGUACAGAAAGCAAAGCCUUUCAUGCCGCGAAUGCUGAACAUAUUGAGGAAGUUAAGGCAACAACCCAAACUCGGAAAUUCGGUAUUCUUUCAGAUUUAACAAUCGGAUUUCAACAACGUACCCUAGUAGCAAAAAACAAGAGUAGUCUCCCGGAGACAUUGUUGUGUGACUUCAGGACAACUAGCAAAGGGUAUAUUCGGCAUGAGCUGGCAUUUUCUCGUGUUGCGUAUCAUGCUAAUAUGCAUCUGUACAAUAUGUAUCCAUUACCAAUUUAUGGACAUAAUAUCAAUUUGACCAAUGAGCUUGCCGGGAGCAUUAUGGCUGGUAGUUUUGAUUUCUUGAGGAGUGAAUUUCAGUGUUGCAAGUAUUGGCCCCUAGGACCCUUUUUUAGUUUUCAGUGGAGUGCAAAGCUCGCUGGAAUAUAUCCCUUCAUGAAAAGUCACAUUCCACUUAAUGAUCGACUUUUUUUAUCCAAUUAUCAUGUUCGAGGAUUUAAGUCAAUUGGACCAUCAACGCUAGACUUUGGCCCCUCUCAACAAUUCGCAGCAACCGGUGGAAAUGCCUUAUGGGCAACUUCUCUAAACCUUAAUUUUCCUCUUUUAUUCUUCCCCAAUAAUGGCUUAGCUGCCAUGCAUGUAUUCGUGAACGCAGGCAAUCUUCGCAUGGUCGAAACAUUCAGACAAUUUCAGGAUGCUUAUUCAUGGUUCAGAAAAUGCGCUUGUUCUUUUGGCAUGGGAAUAGUUAUUACUCGGAUUCCAUUGUUUGGUAUCUCACCAAGCGGGCGUUUUGAGUUAAAUUUGUCAGUUCCUCUUGGAAUCGACAAACAUGGCAAUAUAGCAUUUCGCAAUGGGGACUCUAAUAUUUUUGAUAAAAUCAAAUUCGGUCUUGUAUGGUCGUCGAAUUUAUCGAUCUAA